GAACUGGCUGCAUGCGUUGCUGGAAUCUACGUUUGCUUCUUGACAUGGGGUGUUACGCAGGAACGAGUUUCAACUGCAACGUAUGACGGUGACAAGCGUUUCCGUCACUUUAUUUUCCUCAACCUGUGUCAGGCCUUGAUUGCUGUAGUCGUUGGUUUCAUCUAUAUGAAAAUGCGUGGACAAAUGCUAGGUAAACUAUCUGUACCGCUGCUAUCCAACUACGUUUUGCUGGGCUUUAUUUCCUCGAUCGCAUCGCCUUUUGGUUAUGCUGCUCUAAGACAUAUCGACUACCCAACCUUGGUGCUCGGCAAGUCAUGCAAGCUCAUUCCUGUCAUGCUCAUGAACUUUUUAAUCUAUGGUCGCACUUUUUCACUACAAAAAUACAUUGUUGUUGCUCUCAUCACCAUUGGUGUGUCCGCAUUCAUGAUGCUUCAACCGGUAGAUUCUAGCAAACCUUCCAAAGGACCGGUGUCUAGCUCUUCAAUUGGCAUAUUCCUACUUAGUAUCAAUUUGCUGCUUGAUGGUUCAAUGAACUCGACCCAGGAUCGCAUUUUUUCCAGAUUCAAGGUUGCCGGCACCUCAAUGAUGGUGUAUAUGAAUAUGGUUUCUUUUGCUCUCAUGGGAGGAUACCUUCUUAUCGCGCCCUACACGAACACAAUUAUUGAUACUGUUGUUCAACAGCACCCGUCUGUAAUCAACGAUAUUGUUCUUUUUGGGUUUGCAGGAGCUGUCGGCCAAUGCUUUGUAUAUCAUACGUUGGAAAAUUUUGGUGCAAUUGUGCUCGUCACUGUUACUGUUACUCGCAAGAUGUUUUCUAUUCUGAUUUCCAUCUUUACCUUUAACCAUGCGGUAUCGUUGGGUCAAUGGGCCUCAGUUGGGGUCGUGUUUUUCGGUAUUGCUCUCGAAGCA